CCGCGGUGCACGGCGGGAGCCGUCGCUUUGGCCACCGGCGUAAACAGCGCGGGAUGAGCGGGCCGGGCCCGGCGGCCCCCGGCUCCCCCCGGCGCCGCUGCCCGGGGCUCGGCAGCCUCCUGCGGCGCCUCCGCGACAGUGAAGCCAAAAGGCUGGAAUUAGAAAGAAAGCUGAUGGAAUACAAGAAGUCUGAUGCAUACCUAAUGAAACUAAAGUACAUGAAGCUGAAAAAAUACUUGAAAGAAAUAGACGAACGACAAAAAGGAGCUCUUCUGCGAAACCAGCACUUUUUAAAAGAAUUCAACCAAUUUGAAGCUCAUAUGAAAACUUCAAGUUUAGAGAUGAUUCAGAAGAUGGCAUGGUAUGGAAGAGAAAUUAAAAGUGUGUUAUCACUUCAAGAGGGUAACUUGUCAGCAGAAGAUGACAAGGAAGAAGAAUACAAUGAGCAGAUGCUGGGGGUUGGAAGACAACAGGCAGGACUCAGCACCAAGACAGCUGUGCCAAGAGGACUGUAUCAGCCGGCCACGGUCUUUAUGGGCUGCCACACAUCGGCCAUCUCAGCCGCAGAAGGUUUGGGCACAAGUCAGAAACCCCCCCAGCCCACAGAGCGCUGCUCGGUGCCCGACCCGCCUUCAUGCUCUCCAUCACUUGAAGGAUUUGUUCCUGAGAGCAGAAGCGCUGAUUUGGAGAAUGAUGUUUCAGUGGAGGGAGCAGCGAGUCGCGGGGACCUGGCUGCCAGAGAGGAAGGCUCCGAGCAGCUCAUCUCCUCAGCGUCUGAUCCCAAACCAGCUACCCCCAAGGAGGAAGAGCUGCAGGGAAGCGUCCCAGAACCAAAGCCUCACUUGAGUAACUGGUGGACUUGUGAGGAGGAGAGCUGGGAGAGCAGCACUGGGCUCCUGGUCCCUGCGAGCGCUGAGGUGAUGCCGAGCACUCCCGGGGUGCUGCGGGGAGCGGCCUCUCCAGCCGCCGGCGGGGAGUGGGGCAGGGAUGCCCACGCUGCAGACAGCUCCCCGCUGCAACCACCAAACCCACCCGUGGUCAGCUCAGCACCAGACAGGCGCGGCGGGACGCUGCCGGGACUCUCCCCUGCCCUGCGGUUGAUAGAAGACGCGGCGGUGAGGAUGAGCCCCCGGAGCCGGGCGCUCUACCGGGGCCAGCACCUGGGGACCGUGGGGACAGGGGAGCUGCUCAGCUUUUGUAAUCGGGCCGGCAGUCUGAAAGAAGACGACCUUGAAGCAUGCGAAGCAGUCGUCCUUCAUCAGCUUCGGGCUUUAUUGCAGAGCACGCUGAGUGGAUGCCUCCUACCUGAGAAAACACUCGAUGCUAAAGGUAGAGCGGUGGAUGAAAAGCAAACCAGGCCAGAGCAGCAGUGGGACGUGGACGUGCUGCGGACCUGCUUGAGCAGCCAUGCCUUGUUCUUGAAAGAGCAGCAGGUUCAGCUCACAGAAGAAGUGGCAGAGAUGUUUGAGAGCCUGCUGGUUUCCAGCAAGGAGGCGCAGGACAGCCAGGCUCUACCGGUGUUGAGAGAGGUCCUUCCAGAAGAGUGUGGGGAUAGGUCAUCUAUUCAGAGUAAUGAAUCAUCUUACAGCUUGCCAUCGAUCCCAAAUGACGGCGGGGAAAUAAAGCAGGCGACACAUGCUCCCCGGCUUGCCGGCACGGGAGAACAAGAAGUCACAAGCUGGUGUGAAGAUGAGAGCAAGGAAGAAAGCACGGUCGAAAAGAUUCCUAUUACAGACGUUGAAGAUACAAAGCAUUUAAAUAAAAAUGGCGUUACUUCUCCGCUCAUCAGGCUUCAUUUUCACAACAUCUUGAAUGUCACCUUCCAGCUACUCUCCAGGUCACCUUUAAUGAGCCAAUAAUCCUGCCAAUGCUUUUCCCACGCCCACGCGUCCUUCCCGGUGAGGUCCUCCUUUGAGCUUGAAGUUAAAAGGUUCCCGAGGUUCCACUUGGAGUGCACUAAUAAAGGCAUUAAUAAGUCUACCCAACUUCUUGCUUCAUUUGAUAUCAACCCAUUCGCAACUGCUGUUAGGAAAAAAGUUCAUCUGUACGUGAUUAAUCACUGCUGCUGUUGUGGUAUGACAGAACCGCGUUGGGACAGCGUAAGAAUACGUUUUGCCUAAAUUAGGUUGGAUUACGUUCUCCAGUCAGUGGUAUUUUAUGCUGCUCAAGUUAAGUUCCAGAAAGAUCUGAGAGUCCUUUUAUAGUUAUGAAUUCUGGGUGAAAAUUCUUCUUCAAUUUUUAAACAGAGGCACCAGCUUCUAGAGGUAUUCUCACUGGAUGGCUUGCUCCACUGGCAUUUCCCGAGUCCGCUGGUCAUCCGAGUGUCUGCCCUUGAGAGGAUAGCAUUGUACAUUGAUAUAUUACUAUAAGAAGAAUAUUUAUCCUUUUCCAUUGAAAGGAAUUGGUGAGAUAUUUGUUGGUAUUUGACCUACUUCUGGAUACUGGUUACUGCAGUGCUCUACUCACAUUUUAAUUUGGAGACUUUGCUCUCCGAAGAGCAAAUCCUUCAAUCAGAUUUGCAGGUAGCCUUUAUCUUCUCUCUAUACACAUUUUUUUUUGCUUUAUUGCAAGGGAAGUCAGUGCAUCUAAGAGCUGGCACUCACACGUCUGGUCCCAAGGCAGAGGUGUGCACAGCAGCUGUUUGUGUGCUGGCAGUGGUGCGGCAGCUGAGAGCCCACCUUUAAUUCUCUUUGUAGAUUAUCAGCAAGCGCAGUAAUUAGCACUAAUGUGGUAGAGGGGCUUGUUCAGAGUUAAAGUUCCUCUGGGCAGGAAGUAUUGUUAGUUUUCUGGUUUGGUACAGGACCUAGCAGUAUGGCAGCCCAGGCCUACCAGGACUUCUGAAUGUGGGUGCAAUAACUAUUGCCAGGGUAACUGUAAAGCUACACAGCUUGCAGGCUCAGCUGAUCCUGGUAAUACUCCCUUCAGGGCAUUAUUGACUUCAGAGUCUAGUGACAGAUGAAAUACCUGAGCUGCUCAUUACUUCACUGGUGAUAAAAGCACACAGGAAAAGCAAAGUUAUUUUUGGUGUGGGCUUUCACUUGCGUACGAGAGGAAGGUGCAGGAAUGUGUCUGGGUUGAGUCUGCAAAAGCACUGGGGGUUUUUGCCCUCCGACUACCUCCAUUUGCAUACAGGAUUAUUGAUUGUUAUUGGCAAUAAUGGAUGACAGCUCUUUAAAGCUUUUGAGUGGCACACAAAGUGCUCUUGAUCCUCUCCUGCUAGAGCAGCACCUGCUAUACUACUUCUAUGGCUUGCUUACGUGCUUUGUCGCUUAGGUUGAAGAUUCCGGUUUUGCUCACAAACUGUACAGGCUACACAUGAACACAGUGGUAUUUCUGUUUUCCCAGUCUGCAUUUUAAAACCCAGCAACCUGAUGAAUUAGCUUUCCCAUUUCCAGACAGGUGGAGUCAAGCACUUGGAGAUUGUUCAUAGAAAGACGACUUGGUAUCUGCAGAUGACUCUUCUGUGCUGGGACUCUAGCUGCAGUGAAGGGCCUUAAUGCUGGUUUUGAUGUUUAAAAAGCAUUGGCCUCUUCCUUUGUGACAGAGAUAAUACAAUUAGCAAGGUAUAAAUGUUGCAAGUACGAGGCCAAGAGCUUUCUUAUCUCUUCAUUUGCAGAAAAUUACAUCACAUCACUUCUGUAGCUGCUGAGAUGUUUGGCUCUAAAUUGAUAGAUGCUGCAACCCUAAGUGAUAGGUGGAACACAUGGAGAAAAUACUGUAUUUCAGUUCUGUGCUGGUACAGUAUGUUCUGGGUUAAAGAUCACUUUUAACUGUUUGGCAGAACAAAAUAAUAGUGGUUCAUUAUGCAAUGAUGGUGGGUUUUUCCUGGAAUUGUUGGCUAAUGAAGAAGACUACACCCAUUUUGUUCAGAAUAAAAUUGUAAAAGCUGUCAUGAGAGCUGCUUUGGCCCAUGCCAACUGCACAAUUAAUUCAAAGUUGAAAAGUAUGGAAUGUUUUUAAUUAAUAGUGGUAUCACAGAUCCUUUGCUAGUUCUGAGUAGAAGGAACAAUGCAUAGGGAGGAAGGCGCAUGAAGAGCUGUGUUGUCUGGGACACACCAGGUCCCGUUCUGCUGCAGUAUUGCUCGAAUGAUUGGAUUAAGAAUUUCCCAUUAUUAACAUCCCAGUUUAAGGACUGCGUUUCACGAAGCUUGUUCAGUUGUUUCUGUGCAGCACAAGUUGGCCAGCUUCAGCCCUGCAGCACACCUGCGCUGCUUCUGGGGUGUCUCUGGAAUAGGGGAGCUGGUGAUGUGCUGUGGCUGCUCCUUCCAAAAACUGCGCGGGAAGAGAGGACCAAGCAGACGUGUCCGUCUUUUCCCUGGAGUAGCAAGAACAGACCAAAUUCAGAUGGGAAGGGAGAGGUGCUCUACAAGCCUGCGUGUGCGGCCUGGGAGGCGUUACGGGGCAGCGUCAGGGAAGAGCUGCUGCUCUCCAGCAGCACAGUCACAGCCCUCGUCUCACCUCCGCUUCUGCUUCCCAGCGCCACUCUCCCCACUGAAUGAUUUUGUGGUGCUUGGCAAUUCUUUUAUCCAGGGGGUUCGGUCUGCACGCUGCUGAUGUGAUCUAAACCCUUUUUUUGUUUGUUUUUUCUCUUUUCCACUCGGUGCAUCUAUCUUGCCAGGGCUGUCGUGUUCUGCUGUGUGCUCAGGGCAAAACGUGUAUUUGUGUUUGAGCACAGCAUGCUUUUCGCUGUCCCCAGCCUGCGACAGGGAGGGUGCAUUUGGCUGUUAGAGCACAGCAAGUUAGGCGCUUCUGGCAAACCAACAGAAACACGCACACCCCCAAGAACAAAAGUGUCUUUUUGAGCUGUUGCGUUUAACCUUAAACACGAUUGUAUUUAUGAGGGAAAUCCACUGAUCUGCGUAAGGGCUUUAUGGCACAAUGCAGUUCUUUUAGGAGCAAAGUACUAAGGGUUUUCUCUCCUAGCAGUGUAUCUCUUGUAUCUUCUCUGCCCUGUACAUUGCACUAACCGCUUGUGCUUUCUCACAGUGGUGAAGCAAGCAUUGCCGUGUGCCCAGGCUGGGCUGCUUUUGUUGUCAGCGCUGCAUGUCCGUAACCAAAACUCUUCCUUU